AUGGGUCGUCGUCGUCUCGAAGGGCCAAAUCUAUUUCUCCUUCUUAUUCUGGGUUUGGUUCUGAACAGCUUAGUGUUGUUCUGUCAUGGUGGCAUAACAAGUAGUUAUGUCAGGAAGUUAGAGGCAACGGUUGAUAUGCCACUCGAUAGUGAUGUAUUUCGUGUUCCUCCUGGUUACAAUGCACCUCAACAGGUGCAUAUAACGCAAGGGGAUGUAGAAGGGAAGGCAGUGAUAGUGUCUUGGGUGACACAAGAAGCACCAGGAUCUAAUGCAGUUCUUUAUUGGAAAGAGAACAGCUCCAAAAAGCUCAAGGCCUAUGGCAAAUCCAACACAUACAAGUUCUACAACUACACUUCUGGUCACAUCCAUCAUUGCACGAUCAGAAAUUUGGAGUAUGACACCAAGUACUACUAUGUGGUAGGUGUGGGACAAACAGAGCGUGAGUUCUAUUUCUUCACUCCUCCUGAAGUCGGUCCUGACGUGCCUUACACGUUUGGUCUUAUUGGGGAUCUUGGGCAGAGUUUUGACUCAAACAUAACUUUAACACAUUAUGAGAAUAACCCAACGAAAGGGCAAGCAGUUUUGUUUGUUGGAGAUUUCUCAUAUGCUGACCAGUACCCGAACCACGACAACAAUAGAUGGGACACUUGGGGAAGAUUUGCUGAAAGAAGCACAGCUUAUCAGCCCUGGAUUUGGACCGUUGGAAACCAUGAACUCGAUUUUGCCCCUGAGCUUGGAGAAACCAAACCUUUCAAGCCAUUCUUGAAUAGGUACCGUACUCCUUACCGGUCAUCAGGCAGCACAGAACCAUUCUGGUACUCAAUAAAGAGAGGACCGGCUUACAUAAUAGUGCUAGCUUCAUAUUCAGCAUAUGGCAAAUACACACCACAGUUCAAAUGGCUUGAAGACGAAUUCCCAAAGGUUAACAGAACAGAAACUCCAUGGUUGAUCGUUCUGAUGCAUUCACCAUGGUACAACAGCUAUGAUUACCAUUACAUGGAAGGUGAAACCAUGAGAGUGAUGUAUGAGGCGUGGUUUGUCAAAUACAAAGUAGAUGUUGUUUUUGCAGGUCACGUCCAUGCCUAUGAAAGAUCAGAACGUGUAUCAAACAUUGCGUACAACGUGGUUAACGGAAUCUGCACUCCAGUGAAAGAUAAAUCAGCUCCAGUCUACAUCACCAUUGGUGAUGGAGGAAAUCUUGAAGGAUUAGCUACCAGAAUGACUGAACCUCAGCCUAAGUACUCUGCCUUCAGAGAAGCGAGUUUUGGACACGCGGUAUUAUCGAUAAAGAACAGGACUCACGCGUACUAUGGUUGGCACAGGAACCAGGAUGGCUAUGCGGUGAAGGGUGACACCAUGUGGUUCUAUAAUAGACACUGGCAUCCCAUUGAUGAUUCUCCUUCUAAUGAUUCUUGAGAAACUUUGAAAUCUUAUUUGUAUACAUCACUUUGAUGGUGCAUGUCCUUGUUUUAAAUAAAAAAUCAAUCAAACAAAGGUGUAGUAGGAUUAGAAUGUGUAAAAGGAUUAGAUCAUCAUGAUCUAAAACUUGAAACAUAUGCAGAAACUAUUUAUCCAUUCUGGUUUGGAGAGUGUGACUCAAAUUCGAUUGUAAUGUUAUAAGAUUCUACUUAUCUCCUUCAGCUAUCUAUAAAUAAGAAGCUACUCUUAAGUUGUUUA